GUCCAUAGUGUGUGAGACUGGGAAGAACAGCUACCACGAUGUGUGCUGCAGGGGCUGUCUGUGCAGGAUUGCUUCUCUCCCCUUCCUGCUCCUGCCCAGCUCCCUGGUGUACCAGCUUGGCUGUUAAUGGUUUUCAAGGAGAGACUCUGCCCUGUUAGCUGAGAAGUCAAGUCCUCAUAUUCACCACAAAUUCUACUGUUGUGCUAAUACAUCCCUACUACCAACAGUAAUAUUUGUGCUUCCAACCUGGCACCACACAGUUUGGCUUGGACAAGGCAGGCAAGGCUCCAGGAUGUCAGCUGGGAGCUGCGAGAUUACUACUGAGCUCUUCAUGCUUUGGAGUAAUGGACCACAGCAUGAAACACUGCAACAGAGAAACCCUGCUAUAAGAAAGAAAUUUCAUCUACUAGUUAUUAUCACACCUUAACAAGUGCUAGAGCCAGAACCAUGAAGGAUUAGACUCACAGACUGGAAAAAAUACAGAACACUGAAAUUUCAAGCAGAGAGGACAAAGCCCGUUCUGCUGGCAUGACUGUGGUGCUGACACUGGUGAUUAUAUAGCUGGGUUGGUUUUGGCAUGUCCAAGAGUUGUAAAAUUUUCUGCUUGAAUUAAUAGGCUUUCUGACUUUUCUAAACAGGAUUUCCAUCUACAUGAUGCAUAUGACAAAACCACCUUAUAGAUCAUCAUCUCAGAAGGAAGAGGGCUGGACCAUUAGCCCUCAGGGUCAUUUUUGAAAAUUCAUUAUCCACAGCCAAGUAAUUAACUUCAAUGAGAAGACUAUAACUUUAAAUCUUGAACUCCUGGAUCUUCCUUCAGUUUCUUCACUUGAAAGAAGCAGUAUGUUAGAGAUUCAUCUCUAAAAGAGAAAAGAUGGAGAAUGCUGAGCACAGCUGCUAUUAGUUGUGGUUGGUUUAUGACUGAACUACUAACAUAAUCAAAGAUACGAAUUGAAUCCCAAUCAGUUAACUCAUGGAAAUGCUAAGCAUUCCUGAAAUUCCUAUGCUGGAACCUUCGUGGAAGACGACUUCAACUGCUCGCCUUUUCUCUUGAUUGAGCUUCCAGAACACUUAACAUCUUGUAGAAAAGAAGUUCCACUUUGAGAGAAUGGCAUUCCCUGUACCUCUGUACUUGGCAGGAAAGACAAAACAGCUUUUCUGUGUGGCUGGUGUGUUGAUGAGGAUGGCGUUGGUCAAAGAAUUGUGAAUAUCUUCAAACAAGAGUGAGAUCUGAGACGGGCCAAUUUCUUCAAAAGAAUAACUGAGCCUCAAUUUCUAGUCUGUCAAUCUGGAAUUUGAGGCUGCAGGUGGAGGAUUUAUAAAAAGAAACAGAAGGCUUCUGUCCUUACCAGGAGAAAAUUUUAAAAAGAGACAAAGAAGAGUACUGCAUUGUUGUAGUCACCUGGAUACAACCUCUGAUACAUAGAGAAACCCUGGAGAAGAGCAGGAGCCCUCUUCUUACUUUGGUGCUUAUUAUCUGUGACGUUGAUUCCCCUGUUGACAACACUCCUGUUUACUUCAGCUGAAACUGGAGUUAAAUCCUGGGAUCACCUUAAUCUGUAAUUGAACUGAAUACAGUAUCUUUUUUAAAAAAUUGGAGCUGAAAGGAAUGGCAUAAAUAUUUGGCUCCUGAAGGGAGGGAGCGAUAGGAAUCCCAACCAGAGGAGGAAGAUUUGCCUGAAAGUACCGAAGUUCUUUUCAAAAGGAUGUUGCGUGUACAGGCAUUUUGGAAGAAUCCGGCUGCCCGGUCAAGUCAUACUGCUAAAAGAGUGGAACCUGGAGACAUGCUAGCCAAGAGAAAAAAGGAUCUGCAGCGACUAGAUGGAUUAUGCCUCCGGCUGAUCUAUUCACUGAUGACUCCUGCACUGGACUGCUGAGGGGAGUGCUCAGUCCCUGUGACAGUCCAGAGCUGCAUCUGAGUAAGUAGGGGACCAGCCAGCAGGAAAGGAGAGAGGCAAGAGAGCCCCGAAGCUCUGCACCACGUCCUGCCCUCCUCCUAAGAGCAAGGUGCCCCUGGCUGGCCCAACCCAAAAGCAGUGGCCUUGGGGAGGGUUCCCAGCCCUGUGCCUGCAUCCUGGGAAGGAGCUGACGAUGCCCUGCUGCCGGCCGCCCCACACCAGGGACAGAGAGAGCAAGGUAGGCAUGUGUGCCAAAGGUUUUUCUCAGGCAUCAGGAAUGUCUUCUGAGCCCACUUCAUCUGCCUCGCAGCAGUCCCCCACCUCUCCAUCCUCACCCAGUUCCCUCCAUCUGCCUGAAAACCGCAGGGCAAGAGAUCGCUCCCCAUCGCCCAUGAGAGGGUACCUCAUCCCCAGUCCGCUGCCCACUCGACGGACCAGGACAUUUUCAGCAACUGUGAGAGCAUCAGAGGGUCCCAUCUACAAAGGUGUCUGUAAAUGUUUCUGUCGCUCCAAAGGCCACGGCUUCAUUACCCCUGCAGAUGGAGGGCCUGACAUCUUCGUACACAUCUCUGAUAUUGAAGGCGAGUAUGUUCCCGUGGCAGGCGACGAGGUCACUUACAAGAUGUGCACCAUCCCGCCGAAGAACGAGAAGCUUCAGGCGGUGGAGGUGGUGAUUACCCAUCUAGCUCCUGGAACCAAGCAUGAGACCUGGUCAGGACACGUCGUCAGCUCCUGAGGCAUCCCGGAGGGAGCGCAGCCGCUGCCUGCAUGGUCACUGCUCAACAACUGGCUGCAGGGGAUGUGUCCUAAGAAUAUUCUACGUAUUGUGCGGGAGGAAAUACUGCAUUGUCAAUAAGCAGAAGUAGGCCAAAAUUACCAUUUUUACAGCUGGCCUCAAAAAAGAAAAAAAGGCAAUUCAGAUGCUAAUGAAAAAAUCUAUCGUAAUGUGUUUACAAAAAACCGUACUUUAAAAAGACCUAGUUUGUGUGCUUGGAGGGGGGGAAAUUUGGUUUUUCUUCUAUCUUGUGACCUGAUUCCAGUAAAUGUCCAGAGGAAUCAGGAGAGGUUUGAAGGAGGGCUCUUCUAGUGCAGACAGCCGUAGCAGAGGCAGGACUCCGAGGCCCUGUAGGUGCGUGAGCAUUGUGUUCCCUUGGGCUGCCCUUCCUUAAGGGCUGGAGUACGCUUACUGCUGCUAACAGUGCCCAAAUGCGUUGGCUUGAGAGAGGGAGAGAGGCAUUAGUUGCUGUGAUUUGUGAUUUUUCCUCAUGGAAGGAAGCUCACAAACAGAGCAGCUGCCGCAGGGUGGAAAAAUCUCCAUCUGGAGGUUACGCUCCAAUGGCCAUGGCUGGGUGCCCUUCAGGUGCACCAUUUGCAAACGGCAUGUCUGCAUAUGUGUGGAAUAUUGUGGUUUUAAAACCUGGAUUGUUUGUGAAUUUACUUAGGUGCCUUGAUGGUUGAUUAGCAACAGAUUUUAUAGGCCAGUAUUAAAAAAAAAAAACAAAAACAACAAACAACCCAAAAUUUAAAAAAUUUGCUUCAAGGUAAGUGGUAGAGAGCUGUAGAGUAUGGGAUACUUCAUAGCCUCUGUGUGUGAAUUUAGAUAAAGCUGAGGAUUACCUUCAUGAUUGCAUAUAGUUGGAUGUCUGCCAUGGUAUUUCACUGGGCAAGCAGAGUAACUGUACUUCUGAAAAGCAAGUUAUGUGCUGUUCAGAUGACCGUGUGUAAAAUACCAUGCGAGUUACUCAAUAGGCUCAGCUGUCUCAGUGAAGUAGAUUCUGCAGCUAUUUCCCUGGAAAACUUGCUUGGUAGGAUGUGAUAUGGUCACCCUUGCCCUGACUCUCCUCUGCCUGCAAGAUUUCAUGUAGUUGUAGUGCAAUGAAAUUAGUUCUGUUCCUAUUUGCCUUCCACAUCUUUUUUUCAAAUGAAGCAUUUUUCUCUAUUAUGUUCCUAACAGUGGAUUUUUAUUGACUUUGCAA